GAUUGGAAGGUCAUUCAUCUCCUCCACACAAAUGGUUCGAAAUAACAGACCACACAAAUGGUCCAAAAGACCUUGACUUUGAACAUUUCUACCAUUCCGGCAUCUAGAGCAUAAGUCCAUGUUCUUGAAAUUUGCCUAAACCUUAAAAGAUCUCUUACUUCAUAACCAUCACCAGAGCUCAAGAUACUCUCGAUGGGCACAGCAAGAAGAUCCAUACGAACACUCGUGUUCUUGCUCUAUCUAUCAUCAAACGUUCUUGCCGACGCCGCCUCCACAACAGAGUUCACUUUCCUCGGUUUCAGAGGAAACCAAACCGAAAUUCAAACAGAAAAAGCUGCGACGAUCCAACAAACCGACGGUCUACUCAGACUAACAAACCGGGACCACAACGUGACCGGAACAGCGUUUUACCGCGAACCGAUCAGAUUCAGUGACCGUUCAGACAGCAAAGUCUUAUGUUCCUUCAGCACAUCUUUCGUCUUCGUCAUAAUCCCAUCUAGUCCCGGAAACGGCGGUUUCGGCUUCACGUUCACGCUCUCGCCGACACCGAACCGCCCCGGAGCUGAGUCCGCACAGUAUCUAGGCCUCUUGAACAGAUCCAGCAACGGAGAUCCGUCGAACCACGUCUUCGCCGUGGAGUUCGACACGGUGCAGGGGUUCAAAGACGGGGACGACAGGAGAGGAAACCACGUCGGCCUCGAUUUCAACAACCUCUCCUCUGCUGUACAGGAGCCGGUCGUUUACCACGACACGGAUGAUCGAAAAGAGGAUUUCCAGCUGGAGAGCGGCGAACCGAUCCAAGCUCAUCUGGACUACGACGGAGGGAGCGACGAGUUGAACGUCACGGUCUAUCCGACCAGGUUAGGGUUCAAACCCGCGACACCUAUGAUCUCCCGGCAAGUUUUGAACUUGUCGGAGAUCGUGAAGGAGGAGAUGUACGUAGGGUUCACUUCCGCGACUGGUAAGGGUCAGUCCAGCGCACACUACGUGAUGGGAUGGAGCUUCGCCAGCUCGUGUGGAGCCGAUCCGGUUAUUUCGAACUGGCUCAAUGUCUCUCUGCUUCCUCGUCCGCCUCGGAACGUUAGCGGCAAGAAAGGUUACGACUCUCGAGUCAUCGCUUUGAUUGCGUCUUUAUCGAUCGUCACGUUGUUCCUCCUCGCGUUGCUGUUUGUGUUCGUCAUGUACAAGAGGCGGAUAGAGGAAGGAGAGGCUUUGGAGGAUUGGGAGAUAGAUUAUCCUCAUAGGUUUAGUUACAAAGAUCUUUACUUAGCUACUCAGAGAUUCAAAGAGAGCGAGAUCAUCGGCUCUGGAGGGUUUGGGACCGUCUACAGAGGAAAUCUACCGUCUUCAGGUCCUGUCGCGGUUAAGAGGAUAACUCAAAACAGUCAGCAAGGUGUUAGAGAGUUUAUCGCGGAGAUCGAGAGCUUAGGUAGGUUAAGCCACAAGAACCUAGUGAACCUUCAAGGAUGGUGCAAACACAAGAACGACCUCUUGUUGGUUUACGAUUAUAUCCCCAACGGUAGCUUAGACUCGCUUCUGUAUGCAAAACCGAGGCGAAACGGUAUUGUUUUGACUUGGGAGGAACGUUUCGAGAUCAUUAAGGGAGUCGCCUCGGGGCUGUUGUAUCUCCACGAGGAGUGGGAGCAGGUCGUGAUCCACAGAGACGUGAAAGCGAGCAACGUUCUGGUGGACGCGGAGAUGAACGCUAAGCUGGGAGACUUCGGGCUCGCGAGGCUUUACGACCGCGGGACGCUGACGCAGACCACGAAAGUGGUCGGGACGUUAGGGUACAUGGCCCCCGAGCUCACGCGUAACGGGAAGGGGUCGACCGCGUCUGACGUUUUCGCGUUUGGCGUUUUGCUGUUGGAGAUCGUGUGCGGGAGGAGGCCUACGAAUACUGAGAACUUCUUUUUGGCUGAUUGGGUUAUGGACUUUCACGCGAACGGUGGAGGAGUACUUCGUGCGGUUGACCAGAAACUCGGGUCUAGUUUCAACGGUAGAGAGGCGAAGCUAGCUCUCGUUGUGGGGUUGUUAUGUUGUCAUCAGAAACCAACGGCUCGGCCGACGAUGAGGAACGUGAUUAGAUAUUUGUGUGGUGACGAGGAUCUUCCGGAGAUUGAUGGAAACUUGGGGUUUUCUGAUUCUGCUAGGGAGGAUCUUAGGUCGAAUGUUGUAUGUAAUGUUUCGUCUGAUAGAGCGUCGAGCUCGACUACAUUUUCAUUUUCCACGGAGGUUUCUUCGGGCUCUCUCGGUAAUGGUAGAUAGUUAGCUAUAGCUUAAUAGCAAAUUCGAACGUAAAUUACUUUAUGUAAACACAUGGUAGAUAUUACCGUAUGAUGCAGCAUACGUUUAGUUUCAA